AUGAGUCACACAAAAAAUGUACAUAAUCAUUUGCCAUCGCCAAAAAAAGUAAAUCGACAAAUAGUGAAUAAUGCAUGUAAGCGAAAAGCAAUUGACGAUUUAUUUUCACGACCGAAAAAAGUGAUACUUAAGGAAUUAGGACAAAGUUCUGCCGACUGUUCAAAUUUUGAUGAUACCGAUAUUCAUAAAAUCAGGAAAAAUAUUUAUGCUGCCCGUCAAUCUUUGCUGCCGAACCUGCCGAAAAAUGUUGAAGAGGUACAUUUAACAAUCAACAAUAUGGAUAUUAAAACUACUUCUGAAGAACAAUUUUUACUAGUUAAUGAUGAUAGUAAAAAUGUGUUAAUAUUUUCUUGUUACCAAAACUUGAAAUUUUUAUGUGAAUCUGAAAAUAUUUAUUGCGAUGGUACAUUUACAUACAGUGCUAAACAUUUUAACCAAAUGUUUACAAUACAUGGCUUUAAAAACGGACAUUAUAUACCUGUUGUGUUUUGUCUUCUAGUUAAUAAAUCCACUGAUACAUAUAUUAAUACAUUUAACCAUAUUAUACUUAAAUGCAUUGAAUUAAAAUUGACAAUAAACCCAAAAUCAAUCACAAUUGAUUUCGAGCAAGCUAUUCAUGAUGCUGUUUCUAUAGUAUGGCCUGAUACACUAAUAGUUGGCUGUAGAUUUCACCUGACACAAUCAUGGUUUCGGAAAAUCCAAAAUCUCGGUUUAGUUCAAUACUAUAAGGAAAAAAACUCUGAAAUUGGGUCUUGGAUAAGAAACACGUUUGGACUCACAUUUCUAAGUCCACAAGAAGUUUCCAAAUGUUUUAUUGAAGAUUUUAUGAGUAUUAUACCAAACGAUCAAAGAGUGAGUCAGUACGCUGAUUAUUUAACUGAUACGUAUAUUUCGGAAAAUUCUAUAUUUCCGCCAGUUAUUUGGGCAGAAUCGUCUUCUUCGUUAUCAAGAACCACUAAUGCAUGCGAGUCUUUCCACUCUCAUUUCAAAGAAAACUUUUAUAAAGAAAAGCCUAAUAUAUUUAUGUGGCUUAAUAUCAUAAAGCAAACUCAAACAAAUAUUUAUUGUAAAAUGAGAAGUAUACAUGUUCCAAAAAAAUCAAAGGAUUACCGAGCAAACAAGCGUCGUGGAGCAAUCGACGAUGCAAUUAUCAAAUUACAAAACGGAGAAAUGUCUAGGUAUUCAUUUGUUGCUGAGAUGUCUUAUAAUUAUAAAAAAAUGUAAUAUUAUUUACUGCAG